AUCAACGCCGAGAACGCGCCGCUGAUUGGCCCCGCGUUAUGAAUGAGGAGGGUCCUGGCGACGGUCGCCGUGUUGAAAUUCCAGUGCUAACCAACUUUAGCCAGCGUGCUAACAUGUAACUGAGCGAAUUAGGGGAGCUUCAUGAGCUGCGCAGCCCCGGCUCUGAGCGCGUCGGUGACAACCUGCAAACACAGGCCGCAGUGUAAACAUUGGCCUCCAUGUUUGCUGCUGCGCGUGCAUCAGCUCCUGCUACCGGGACAUGGCCAGCUAGCUCGAGCGCAGCAGUCGUUGAAUAAAACGAAGCUGGCGAGCUAGCUGGAGGGAGAGAGAGAGAGAGAAAGGGGGGGGGAGAAAAACCUAGCCGUUCGGACCGGGGUUGGCGGGGGGCGGCUUGUGAACAGGUUCGUCGCGCGGAGCAGGCGGAAAAGCCGGAUGCUGUGAGACUGCCAUGAGUCCCGCAGGCUGCCCCCAUGUGAACAGCUUCAAAGUGGACAACUGGAAGCAGAACCUGAGGCUUAUUUAUCAGUGCUUCGUGUGGAGCGGUUCAGCCGAGACAAGAAAACGCAAGGCCAAGUCAUGCAUCUGUCACAUGUGCGGCGCCCACCUCAACAGACUCCACUCCUGCCUCUACUGUGUCUUCUUCGCCUGCUUCUCCAAAAAACACAUCCACGAGCAUGCCAAGAGCAAAAGGCAUAACCUCGCGAUCGACCUGCUGUAUGGGGGAAUUUACUGCUUUAUGUGCCAAGACUACAUUUACGACAAAGAGAUGGAGCAGAUUGCCAAAGAGGAGCAGAGGAAAGCCUGGAAGAUGCAAGGCAUCGGGGAAAAGUACUCGACGUGGGAGCCCACCAAGAGGGAGCUGGAGCUGCUUCGCCACAAUCCCAAGAGGAGGAGAAUCACCUCCAACUGUACAAUUGGCCUGCGCGGUCUGAUCAACCUGGGCAACACCUGCUUCAUGAAUUGCAUCGUCCAGGCGCUGACGCACACCCCGCUGCUGCGCGACUUCUUCCUGUCCGACCGACACAAAUGCGAGAUGCAGAGCAACUCAUGCCUGGUGUGUGAGAUGUCGCAGCUCUUCCAGGAGUUCUACUCAGGCCACCGCUCCCCUCACAUCCCGUUCCGCCUCCUGCACCUGGUGUGGACCCACGCCCGCCACCUGGCCGGCUACGAGCAGCAGGACGCCCACGAGUUCCUCAUCGCGGCGCUGGACGUGCUGCACCGACACUGCAAAGACGACAACGGGAAGAAAGCCAACAACCCAAACCACUGUAACUGCAUCAUCGACCAAAUCUUCACAGGGGGUCUGCAGUCUGACGUCACCUGCCAAGUGUGCCAUGGUGUUUCGACGACCAUAGAUCCGUUCUGGGACAUCAGCCUGGACCUCCCCGGAUCCUCCACGCCUUUCUGGCCCCUCAGCCCCGGAGGAGAUGUGUCAGCACUUAAUGGAGAGAGUCACACCACUGGAGCCACAACCCUCAUGGACUGUCUGCGCAGGUUCACCAGACCGGAGCACCUUGGCAGCAGCGCCAAGAUCAAGUGCAGCGGUUGCCACAGUUACCAAGAGUCCACCAAGCAGCUGACCAUGAAGAAGCUGCCCGUUGUGGCCUGCUUUCACCUUAAAAGGUUCGAACAUUCAGCCAAACUACGCAGGAAGAUCACUACCUACGUCUCAUUCCCACUCGAGCUGGACAUGACGCCCUUCAUGGCCUCCAGUAAGGAGAGCAGGAUGAACGGCCAGUACCAGCAGACCGUGGACACAUUCAACAAUGACAAUAAGUACAGUUUGUUUGCCGUGGUGAACCACCAGGGGACACUAGAGAGCGGCCAUUACACCACCUUCAUCCGGCAGCACAAAGACCAGUGGUUCAAGUGCGACGACGCCAUCAUCACCAAGGCUAGCAUCAACGAUGUACUUGACAGUGAAGGGUACCUCUUGUUUUAUCACAAACAGUUCCUGGAGUAUGAAUAGUUUGCAGCCUGCGCGAGGAACCAGGCAGGAGGGGGUUAGUGGCACGGCGAAAGGUGAAGAGGGUCAACGGAGGCGAGGAGACGGAGAACACGAGGCUCACUGAAAACAUAGAACCACCUUCACCGCGCACAGAACCCGGCCCGCCGUCUCCUGCGCGGGAUAAAACAGGAUAAAAUGCAAGAGACGCAGACACUCGUGUACUUGCUGAAGUUGUCACUUGAAUUCAGGACGCGAAGAGGGAAAAAGAAGCUGUGAAAGUCUGCUCUUGCUUUCAGCUAAUGGACAAAAAAAAAUCUCUCGUCCCUCCAUCCACCUGUCAGAGUAAAACUUCGGGAAGUUUUACUGAAUCCGAGAUGUUUUUGUUUCUUUUUAACCCCACGUCCUUCAUGCUUGCACAGCUAUUUAAUAACAUCCAGGGGUUGAAAGAAGCCGAGCUCGCUGCACCUGCACAGAUUUCACCGGCCGACUUCCCCCGACACAAGCACAUAUUUGUCGACCGUGCAAACACUCCUCUACAAGACCAAACAUUCUCACAAUGGAAGUCGUCUUCUUAUGCAGUUUCACUUCAGACCUGAACUGAAGACUAUCGCCUGACCUGACAGUAUUCUUAUUAUUUGUCAGAUUGUUGUAGUCCAAGUGGUACUAUUAUUUAAAAAAAAAAAAGAAAAAAAGCUUCUGUCUCUCUUCCAGCUUCUAUAGUCAAAGAGGGCAAAUGAAAGACCCAGUAAAUCUAUUUUUAUACAUCUUGCAUUCAAAUGGUUUGUUUACGGUUUUUCAUUCUCUUGAAGAAAAGAAAAAAAUGCAUCGUUCAUCUGUUAAAUCGUGCCGUCGAUUUUGUUUUUCUACACAGAAGAGAAAAAGAUGCUAAUGCGUUUUGGUAAAGCUGCUGCUAUUGCUGUUUUUCGUUGUCACCCAGCCCCCCCUGGUAAAGUAGUGUAAAAAAACUGUUGAAAUAAAGUCAUCUUUUACUGCAUUAUCAUAAUCUCACCCUGAAAAUUUCAGAAAAAUAUACCCUUUUUAAUUUUGGUUUAGCUGACCAAAAGAAUCCAGUUUUGUUAAAUCACUGGUGGCACGAGUGUUGGUACCCCUGGUUUUAACAUUUGUACCUCCUUCUGCCAGUAGGACAACUCUGUAACGUUUUACAGGGUUAGGGCACACAGAGAAGCAGAUCUCAGAUCAUUUCUCUUUGCAGAGUCUUUCUAGACCCUCUAGAGUCCAGAGUCCUCUCCUUUACCCAUUUCUUUUCUACACAGUGCAGGUCUGGUGACUGAGAUGGGGAGGGAAGGUUGAUUCUUGCCUGCUCAGCCAGUUCUCUGUUCAUGUUCUCUGGACAUGAGCUUUGGAACAUUUCCUGUCCAGUAGCCAGAUGGUUUCUUCAUAAACCUGUAGACGAGCACCUCUCUAAACCGAUUCUUUUGCCGAUCGAGCAGACUAUAGCCCGAACACGAGAGCUUUCAGAAACGAAGACGGUGACACAGAAGGGUCGCUAAAUGUGUCGGACAUCUUCAGGGUUAUUUUUUUUUUCCCCGAAAAACAUUUGGCUGAUGUCCAGUCAUUUACGUUUCCCCCCUUAAUGCCUUGGCACACUUGAGCACAACCAGUCCAAUAUAUGUUAAUAGCAAGAGAUGAUGUGCACAAUGCUCUGGUGUGUCUUUGCCUUUACUCCGCCAGCCAGCUGGUCAUAACAGCCGUCUUUAACCACUGACGUAGUCCGCAACCCCGACAGGCUUCCUACACCUUUUUAGUAGCGAAUCGGACCUAACGCAUCUCUGCUCCCCUUCCACACAUUAGGAGGUGGUUUCCUUUAGUUUCACACCAGCUGGAGUGCUUAGGCUUGACUUGAUGCUGACUUUUCUGCUCUCUACCACUGAGCUUCUGUUCCUGACCUUCCUGUGUGGCCAUUCAGUCAGUGUGGUUCUUCCUGUUUCCCUGGGGUGUAAACACGCAACACAGAGGUCCAUUUUCUUUUAUUCUGGCCUAUCCCGUGUAUGAAGUCACGGGUUACAAAUUACCAGCCGAUUUUUAAAAACGAAAGCAAAAAUUAAACAUACGUUGACGGGUACCUACAAUCGUGCCACUGAUGAUUUUUUUUUUUCUCCGCUUGAUAACUGCAAAUCAAAGUUUCUGUAAGAUUAUUUUACGACAGUAAAAGGUGAAUUUACUAUAAGGCUUUUAACACAUCACAAGGAAUGCCAAUACAUUCUACUGUGAAUGGCUUUCCAUUCAGAGACCCGCCCCCCUCCCCAUCCUUUCUAAAUUGAUGGCAUGUCGUCAGGUUGCAGGUAAACGGCCUAAAAGGAACCACCCGGAUGAAAAGAUGGAGGUGGAGUUUUGUGUAAAAGGGGCACAAAAGCUCAGUCCUGCAGUGUUAACCGUCAACCGCAUGUAGCUCUGACCGAUCCGUCUGUGUGCGCGUGUCCCAAGAGGAAGAAAAUCAAAGAUUAGAGUAGAUGUUUGUAUAAAAUGUGCUACUACGUGUAAAGAGACAAAAAAAAAAAAGACAAAGUGUGAGAUCUCGUUUGUAUGCACGUGUGUCGUGCGUAUGCACUGUACGUUUGUGUACUGAAUCAGUACUUGCAUUCAGCAUGCUGUCUAAGCUGGUAUCACAGUUUGAUAUGUUAAGUUUUUUUUUUUGGUUCACAUGUAUGAUGACACCUAUAAAAGUGUGUGUGUGUGUGUACAGUUUUGUUUGUAUGAGUCAGAAGGUGAAACCUCGAAGCCGAUGAAAGUCGCUCCUCCGCACCGCCGGAUCCGGUCGGAAGGUGGCGGAGGGCGCGAAACUGGUCCUGACCUCGUCAGCCAUUCCUUCUCGCACACAGUUGUUACUGCUGCAAGGACUGGACGCAGUGAUGAAAACACACUCAAAUAAAGAAAAACGUAUCUGGAAAAAA